ACUCUGGCUUCCUCACUGUGGAGCACAUCUGGACGGCGGAUGACCGUGUCACAUCUUAUGUGGUCACCGUCAGCCGGGACCGCUGUAUGACUGCGUGGAAGAUGAACGUCACAGACGGAAAGAUGCCCACAGCGGUGUACACAGUCAAGAUGAAGGAGGACACUAAGAGCGAGCUGGUGGCGGCUGCGGUGGGCGCCGUCAGCUUGGACGCGGAUGGCGCGCUCUCGUUCACCGCCGCUGGCGUCAUGCCUGACGGCGUGUUCGCCGUGCACGUGACCCUGGAGCCGGCCGGCGGCGGCCACCACAAGCUGGACUGGUGUCCCAUGGGCGGCUGGAUCACGCCGCUGCUCUGCGUGGCCGUCGGCGGCCAGCAGCGCUGCCUGCUGGUGGGCGACGCCGACGGCCACCUGACCGUGGUCAACAAGUGCGCCAAGAGACACGCCUUGUAUCAGUGCGGCGCCGAUCCGGACCCGGCCGUGAUGCAGGUGCGCGCGCUGGGGACCUCGACGCUAGUGGCCUGCGACAGGAACGGCAUGGUCUGUCGGCUGGAACAGUCGGAGCGCCUCAACGUGCUGCGCGCGGAGUGGGAGCCGGUCUUGCCGGCGGCGCGCCGGCUGCAGCCGCCGGCCGCCUCCUCGUGCCAGCUGCCGACCGAUGCCCAGCGGCGGGAGGUGCGGCCGCCGGGCGCCGACGCCGAGCCCGUGAACAAGGACGGGGCGCCGCCCGAGCCGACCGCCCCUACCGCCCUGCUGGUGACCGACACUGAGCUGGUGCUGGGCGACGCCGCCGGCCGGCUCUGGUGCCGCUCCGGCGCUGAGUACAGCUGCACCAAGGCGCACGCGGCCGCCGUCACGUGGGUGGGCCGUGACCCGUGCCGGCCCGAGAUCCUGUACAGCAGCGGCGUGGGCGAGUUCGAGUUCGCCAGCUGCGUGCGCCACUGCGCGCUGGUGGCGGCGCCGGCUGCCGGCCUGCCAACGGGCCUAGUCCACGAGCACGGCUCUCGUGCCUUGGGCUGUCGCGGUUCGCUCACAGCUCUUGUUGAGCUGUGA